UAUCCUUAUACCGUGGUGAUCACUGACGUACUUAUUUUCUCACACACACUCGCAACGACACUCGAUUAGUCGUAUUAUAGCGAACACGCGUACGACUUGCAAGAAGAAGAAGGAAAGUUGACGCAAUCUCGUGUUGAUCUGUAUGAUUGCACUUUUGCUUGAAGAUUUUGCAAAGCAAUUGAACAGCUAAAUUGACCAAAAUGAAUAAGAAUGGGCCGCCGCCUCCAUACGAACCACCGCCGACUGCACCGCCUACCUAUUCUCAAAGUGUGGGAGGUGUGCCACCUGCCAGUCCUUAUACACCGAUACAAUCGUUUGCAGGAGGUCCAACUAUAGUUACAACAGUUGUACCGGUUGGACCACAUCCGACCCAUAUGAUAUGCCCUCAAUGUGGAACUGAGAUCGAUACAGCUACCAAAACAGAACCUGGAAUGAUUGCAUAUAUUUCUGGAGUCAUUAUUGCACUGCUUGGAUGCUGGUUAGGCUGCUGUCUAAUUCCGUGCUGCAUCGAUGAAUGCAUGGAUGUUCAUCACAGCUGUCCACAGUGCAAGGCAUACUUAGGUCGCCAUCGAAGAUAAACGAUCUAAAGAAAAAUGAAAUUCAAAUCGCUGCAUUUCGAAAGGGUAUAUAUAAUAUAACAUGAGUAAAAUAAAAACAUGAAGGUCAAAUAUCCAAGCAUGGUAGCUAAAAGUACUGCCGCAGUUUGCAGCACAUAUAGAACUGUUUCACAGCUACAUAUCUACAAGAGGGUGGCGACUGACCGGGAAAUCCGGGAAUAGUCAAUUUUAUUCUAGCAAAAUUGUCGCGACCCUGUAUAAUUCAUAGCAGCUUGUAACAAUAUAUCAAAUACGUUCAGUCAAAAAAGUGAAAUUUGAACAUAUGUGAUUCGCACUUAAAUAUUAUUAUACAAAGUGGUUGUAGAAUUUGAACAAUUCUAAUUGGGUAAGCUAUUUUUGGUUGCUAUAGAUAUAUUAAAGGCAGCUUUUUUUUAAGCAAUUAUUUGCAAAAGUUACCUAACCUCGCUUAUUAAAUAUGAAAUUAAAAUAAAUUAGGUCAGUAGCUUUACGUACAAAAUAGUAACAUAUUUUAUUUUUACAUUAUGUCGCCCUUCUUGCUGCUCGUUUAAUGGGCUUUUAAAUAAGAGUUCGUUAAUUUGGCGCUAUUAUCUAAUACUAACAUUGAUGUUGGGCUUGAUAAAUGCAAUUAACGAACUGCAUCGUUACGUGUUAAUUAUGAUGAUCCACUCAAAAAACUGCAAACUCUACAUUUCCUCGCGAUUGUUAUUUUUAUGCCAUUAGGCAAAUUUUUCUCUCACAUUAUAGAUGAUUACUUCUUUUUAUCCAAUUGUAUUACCAAUAAGCAAUACAUUAGUAAUACAUGUAUCGGGUCACUGACUGUCUAUUUUUCAAUCACUUGAAUGCUAUAAUUUUAUUGUAUGCACACAGAGAAUAAUACAUAUCUGAUGUAAUAUAGCCAAUAUACCUAAUAUAGGAGAAUUAUUUUGCUACAUUACACAAUUUUUUUUUAAUUGAUUCACUAAGGAUAAAAGCGAAACUAAUUACAAUAUUGAAAUAUAUUCUUCUACAAAUCUACUAUGUCAAUUACGUUAUAUUUCCGUAAAUGUGCCAUUUUUCACCUACACAAAUGUUGGGCUUUAUCUCAUUCCAUGAUGAAAAAAAGAAAAAGAACCCAACGAGUCAGACGCUGUGGCUAAUAAGGCUGGAUGAUAGUACAUUAAAUUUUGUAUUUGAUACCUCUCACCAUUUUUUCUGAAACAGUGGUGGACGUUUAUGUAUAGUAUGUAUGUACGUAUACAUACACGCACUGCUAUUUUUCUGCGUUGAUUCGUUAAAUCGAAAAAGAGAAGUAUAAAGAAACAGUGGUUUUAUUUUGCGCAGAAUUUUCAUUUUAUUGUAAUGUCGAAAGUAAACCAAACAAGUAUUUCGUACGAAAUGCAUAAACGUGAGUGCCUUUCAAGCGAAAACUGUCUCUUUAAUAUUAUAAUCAUGGACAAUGUAGUUAAGUGAUUUCUACAUUUCUAAAUAACAAUUUGAAAGUGUUCAGUGGAGCACAAACUCGAAACGCUAUCCACGUCUUAUUUAACAUUACCGCAAAGAAGCAAAGGAUACAGCGAUAUUUUACGUAAGGUAUAUUACGAUAUGAGGAUAACAGACGCAAAUUGCAUUGUCCAUUUCUUACGUGUAUUUAUCCAUUUUACACUAAUAACACUUAAAUUGUUAUUAUUUUUUGUAAAAACGUUAAUACAAAGAAAUAUAUAUAUAUAUAUAUAUAUAU